AUGUUGUGGUUUUUCGUGCCUCGUCAUCUUCGUAAAGUUUAUAUUCUGUAUAGUUUCGUUUUCGCAGGUGCUGUAUUCCUAUAUUUGCAAACCAGUCAGUCGCGUCUGGUCCAGCGAUAUUCUCUUUGUUUGAAACGCUCGUGUGUGUAUGUUGGCAACGCUACACGUGGGGAGGUUACCAAAAAAGCGCCUUUUUCUAGCAAUGUGACAUAUUUCGACGGAGGGCAACAUCGCCAUGAAUUAUCAACACGAAAUAAUCGUACUGCAAAAGAGUCGGAAUUAAGAGGCGACGGCGUGCCGAUCUACUAUGAUGGCGAACUGCCGACUUGGGGUAAAUCAGCCGGGGUGGCACCGGCUUUGCCGGAGGAUGCAUUCUACUAUCACAACGAGUACGAUUCACAGUGGAAUACUGAAAAACAAAACAGUACUGUCAAUCAUCACAUUCCUAUAGAUAACAAGACCGGAAAUAAAACACUACCUGUUUACAGCAAUACAACCAAAAUCAAUCCGCAUCAAUACCAUUUUAUUAUUGAUAACAAGGACGCGUGUGAUAAUUUUGGUCCAAAUGUUUUUCUAUUGAUAUUAGUGUUUAAUACGCACAAAGAACAAGAAAACCGAAAGGCAAUUCGCCGGUAUUGGGGCGGAAAACGAAUUAUUCACGGUUAUAAAACAAUGACGAUGUUUUUACUCGGAACAACUAACAGUACGCGCAUGCAGCGAGAAAUCGAAUUUGAAAAUUCAAUAUAUAACGAUAUUGUGCAAGAGGAUUUCGUUGAUAGCUACAACAAUCUCACGUUGAAGACAAUAAUGGGAUUACGAUGGGCAAGUCUAUUUUGCCCCACCGCCAAAUACAUCAUGAAGGCAGAUGGGAGAGACAUUUUUGUUGUGCGCGAAAACGUUGUCGAUCGAUUGUCAAAGCAACCGGUUCAAACCGGUUUUGCGGAGGGAAAUCGUCUGAGUAGGGAAAAGCCAAUCAGAAUGCUGAAUUCCAAAUGGUAUACGCCAGAAGACCUGUACCCAGAAAGUACGUAUCCGCCGUACCUGGAGGGACCGGCUUACGUGAUGUCAUCAGAUGUUGCUAAGCAAGCUUACGUGGCGUCACAAUUUGUGCGGUACAUCCCAUGGGAGGAUGUGUUUUUUGGGCUCGUGUUGAAGAAAAUAGGAGUAAAACCCCGCCAGGGUUGGUAUUACGACGUGGCUUGGUAUUCAGUUUAUCACGAUACCGGCAACCCAUGUCACAUUAAAGAGGCGAAUACAGUGAAAUUUGGGGCAUACUCUUUACACAAGCACGGCUAUGCUGUUCAAUGCCGGACAAUACGUCGCCUGAUAGACACGGACGCCAGCAAAUGCUGA